AUGUGCUCUGAAGAAGAAUUGAAAGACAUGGAUGGAUUCAAAAAAGGGUCACGUUUCAUUGAGGUCAAGUGUGGUUGCACAAGCAAGAAAUAUGGUGAUACCAUUGGGAAGCUCAGGGUUUCUUCCAAUGGCCAAUUUUUGAUAUCCUGCAAAUGCACAUCGACUCAUGAUGAAAAGAGAUUGACUCCCUAUGAUUUCCAAAAGCAUUAUGGAAAAGAAGGAGCAUGGAAAUGGAAGAACCACAUUUGGGUGCUCAUAAAUAAGAAGAAGGUUCCUUUAGGGAGAACUGCUCUCCUGAAAUAUUACAAACAUGCAUCCAAUGGAACAAACGGGCAAAGCACCAUGCAAGCUAAACGUCUUUUUCAUCGUGAUGAGUUCAUUACUUGUUCAAAUUGUAAGAUAGAACGCAGGUUUCGUCUCCGGACUGAAGAGGAAUGCAGAAUUUACCAUGAUGCUUUGAAUGCAAGAAGGUGGAGGUGUGACGACUCGCCAUAUCACAAAUUCACCUGCCAUGAUGGUGAACAGCGAGCAAGUAGUAAGAGCUGCAAAGGCUGUCCUCGAUCUCCGACCUGCAAAGGUUGCACUACUUGUGUGUGUUUUGGGUGCCUAAAGUGCCGUUUUCUGGAUUGCAGGUGUCGCACUUGCAUUGAUUUCAUGAAAAAUGCAGAACCUUGAGCUAUAGGAACUAAACAUUGAUCCUUUCUGUGCUGCAAUGCCCCAACUAUCAUUUCACUAGCAGCAAAGGAAAAAGGAUCAAUUAGAGUUC